AUGGACAAUCAUUUGCAGGGUGUACGCACAGGUCUGGAUGCCGCUAUUCAGCGUUGCAACAAGGAGUCUGAUUUGGAAGCAGGUCUUUCUCCAGAUAUGUUGCACUCGAUCUUGGCGUUCCUAGCAACCCUCUCUCAAGAAUUGGGGAACACAGAUGGACCUUACUUGGUCGGCACAACUCCGGGAGCAGUGAAUGAAGCCUGGCUCGAAAAGGUGCUUGGCCAGCACGAGGCUGGCAAGUCCAUGAUCCAACCCAAACUAUGCAACACCGCAAAGUUACAGGCUGGCACCUGCGGCUUGAAGGAUUUUAUGGCUGGGGGUACACCAAAGCAGGCCCUCACCGACAUUGCUGGCAUGGACGUGGGUGGUGGUGCGCAGCUGUGCCGUGUGGCAAACAGUCAGGAUGAGUCAUUGGUGAUCUUUUAUCCGGAAGUUUUGGUGGCUUCAUUCUUCGUGGGCAAUGGGCAGAUGCUGCCAGUGCCCUUCACCAUGUUGGGUGUCAGGAGGUACUUAAGGCAUAUCAGUGGCGAAACUGGAGCAGGUCCACCAUACGACAACUUAUGCGGCAAGGUGAGUGCGCCAGACUUCUUGAACUCCAACAUAAUGACAGACGUUGCGGACACAAAGGUUUCGAUGACUCCAGUGAAGAUCUAUGACAGUUCGUUUGUGGCCGUGGCCUCCUAUUGCAGCGAUUGUCACAGGGGCGAAUGCUCGGAGCCUGAGAUGUUCAACAAUCAGUGCGACAAUCAACGAAAGCACUUGGAUGAGGAUGUGUCAACCUGGCUGCAGGCUUACGAUUACCAGAACUAUCAUGACGCAGUGUCUACGGCGUUUGCUGCAGUGGUCACGCAGAUUGGAACUGGACCAUGGGGUGCUGGCUUGUGGCAGGGAGAUGCGCAGCAGUACUUCUUGACAGUUUGGCUUGCAACUAGUUUGCUUGACAACGUGCAGCUGGACUAUUACAUUUAUGACCAUUUCUGCGAGAAUGCAGGUCACCAGUGCUUUGUGCUUGGACAAAGCAUGUGCCAGACCUGCAUCCAAGACAGCGGCAUGAGCAGCAUUGCCUGGGCCUGGGAUGGAGAAAUUCGCAUGAUCCUCGCUCAGUCGAUGUUUGUUUUUGGAGUAGCUGACAUUGGAAAGAAUCAGCCGGGCUUAAAGCUUGAGCGUCAGCUGACACUUCAAGCAGAAGUUGCCACCAACCAGUUGCGUGGCAUUCCGACCACCAAAGAUAUUGAGAGUGCAAGGUCGGAAGGCCCAGAUGUGGCAUCCGGAGACUUCGAACAUAUACUCCAGGAACUGGAAGCUGCAAAAAAAUCUCGGAUAGAUGCAGAAGCAAAGGUGACGAAGGUUCUGGCUCAAGAUGCAAUGCUGCGAGAAGAGCUGGAGCGAUUCGAGGCCACUGCUUCUGCAGAGGCUUCCCGGUCUUCCAGGCUGGAUGGUCGCUGUUCUGUUUUGGAAGUAGAGUCGCGUACAUUAAGAGAUGAAUUGGCAUCUUCAAGCAAUGCCCACGACCAGCUUGAGGAGGUUGCGAAGCAGCUGCGAAGAGAGCUAGCAGCCAAAGAUCAGAAACUUGCGCAGUUGCAAAGUCAGCCGCAACGAAUAUCAGAAGAAGCCAUUGACUUCCAGGCCCAGAGGGAUUAUGCACUCAGCGAACUGAAAGCAGCAAACCAAGUGGCCGAGGCCCUGAAAUCAACUUCAAAUGUCCUGGACAAGCGGCGGAAGCCGCGUCGGUCUCGGCCAAACAACGAGGAAGCGCCGCCAGGAGCCACCGUGGGUCAAGAGAUCUCAGACGACCAAUGUGGUGACUUGUUGGCCCCACCAGAAACACUUGGGAAAAAGGUGGCUACAGACCGUGCUGAAGCGCUAGUGAACUCUGUGAACUCUGUGAACCCUGUAAGUGCUUCACAUGCGCCUGAUGUUCCUUGGGCAGACACGCCAGAUGUCAAUUCCGCCAAGGCAUUUGGCUCUUUUGCUGAAACAGGUGAAGUGGUGCUGUCCAUCGAAGAGAGUCCGGCGAAGCAAACCAGCGACUCCGGCGAAGCAAAACAGGAUCCACAGAUUUUCAGCGAUCCAAGUGCAAAGGUAUUUCAAUUCGAUUUCAGCGUCUUUGACUUCUUGAAACACGAGGCAUUGCGUACACCUCCAGACAGCCCACUGGAAAUGGGAACUGAUGCUGCCUCUUUCCCAGUCAGGUCAGAUGAGGCAGCCACAGGCCUAAAGCUGGGAGCUGUGGAGGCUGCUCUGUUGGAGAUGCCGCCAAAUGAGGUGCAGGCGACUGGUCUGAUGUUCGCUGGAGCACACGCGUUUAGAGGAUGGCGAGAUAAUUAG